AGUUCUGAGGGUGAUGAUGGGGAGAGAGCCUGCAGCACAGGGCGUAUGAAGAGUACAACGUGGGAAGGAAAAUGUCACGGGGAGCGAGAGGAAAAUCUAAAAGGGAGACUUAAAAGGAAAUCAUUAAAAGACCUUAUGAAAGGACAUUGUUGCCCCUUAUAAAAUCGGGAGGUUUGCAGCAAUCACUGUGUGAAGCCCACGGGGGGUGAGCGUCACGUUUUCCAUGAGAAAGUACUGAAAAAGAAGAGACUGUGUGCUGCUUGUAGUGAACCUGUCGUAACCCAAGGCAGCGUCUGCAGAGUGUGCAAGAUUACAAGUCACAAGAAAUGUGAAGGAAAGGUACCUCCAGGUUGUUCCUCUCCUCCACCAGCUGAUAUGAGGAGAAGAACAGCUCCCGGCCCAUGCAUCCAGCACAUGGGUUCCACCAAAUCUCUCAAUGUCAAACAAAGGAGCUCUCUACCAAGGAGCUUUAGUCUGGACCAAGUGAUCCAGCGCAGCUAUGACCUGGACCUGACAUAUAUCACUGAACGGAUCAUAAGUGUCUUCUUCCCCACCACCCUGGAGGAACAGCGAUAUCGAAGCAAUCUGCGGGAGGUGGCAAGCAUGCUGAGAUCCAAACAUGAGGACAAGUACUUGUUUUUUAACCUGUCAAGGAAAAGACAUGACAUAAGAAAGCUCAACCCGAAGGUUCAGGAGUUUUUCUGGCCGGAUUGCCAUGCACCACCUCUUGAUGUGAUCUGCUCCAUAUGUAAAGCCAUGGAGGCCUGGCUAAACGGUGACCCACAGCAUGUGGUUGUCCUGCACUGCAAGGGAAAUCAGGGGAAGACUGGAGUGGUAAUUGCAUCCUACAUGCAUUAUAGCAAGGUGUCUGCAAGCUGUCAGUCACAUGCAUUGUUUCCGCUCCAUGUUUGCAGUGUGGAUCAAGCGCUCAGCACUUUGGCCAUGAGAAAGUUCUGUGAAGAUAAGGUCUCUUCGUCACUUCAUCCAUCCCAGCGCAGGUAUAUCAAUUAUUUUGGAGGAUUGUUGUCAGGAACCAUAAAGAUCAGCAGUGACAUGUUAUCGUUGCAGUGUGUCCUGCUACCGGUUAUCCCAGCUCUUCAGAAUGAUGGAGGAUUUUGCCCCUUUCUUAAGAUCUACCAAUCCAUGCAGCUUGUCUACACCUCAGGAAUUUACUUAAGUCAAGGGGAUGGCACAAAUAAGAAACGCCAGCUGAGUGUUAGCCUGGAGCCAGCCUUGCUACUUAAAGGGGAUAUCAUGGUGAAAUGCUAUCAUAAGCGCUGCAAGCCUCACGAGAGGGAAGUCCUGUUCAGACUGCAGUUCCAUACAUGUACAAUUCACAACACUCAUCUCUGCUUCAGUAAAGACCAGCUGGACUGUGCCAGCACAGAUGACAGAUUCCCCGAUGAUGCUGCUGUGGAAUUUAUUUUUUCCUCUGGACAAGACAAAGUUAAAGGGCGAGAGUUUUUCCACAAAGACCCCAGCGUUUCAGUGGAUUACGACAUUACUGAUCCCCUUGUCCGUUAUGACUCCUAUGAAAACCUCAAUGUAAACCACGAGGACAGUCUGGAGGAUCUUAGCCACACUCGUGGCCCAUUGGAUGGUAGUUUGUAUGCUCGUGUAAAGAAAAAAAGCACACCGGUGACUUCUACAAAUGGAAGCCCUGAACAACAUGGACGACUGCUGUCUGUUAGUAGUGACUCUGGACACUCUUCAGCCCCAACUGAGAGGUUGGAAGAAACUCCACAGAAGUCUUUGCCAACAGCAGCUGAGCGAGAAGACCUAGAAAAACUAUUGGGGGGGUUUGGAGUUAAUGUAAAGAAUGAAGUAGAACCACAGUACACACAAGUGGUGAAAUGCGAGGAUGUGGUGAACCAAAAUGGACAUCAAAGAAAGAAUAUGGAGGAAAGACCCAGAGAUUUGCAGCAUCAAAUGCACCAGGAUGCAGUAAACCAAAAUACACAGCCAAAGGUGAAUGGAGAUCCAAGGUUUCAGUACUCACAUCAUUGGUCCGGGGUAUCUGAUGAAGGAGCAUCUCAAAGUUUGCCCUUAACCUCACAAUCCUGGGAGGAGCAGAGAGAAUCACCAUGUGAAGCAGUCAUUUUGGAAGAUGAAAUAGGACAGUUUGGUGGCCUGGCUGUUUAUCCAGCAAGGAGACCGUUAUUGUCCAGACAUUGCUCCUGUAGAGUAGGUUAUGCUGGUCCUAAUAUUGAUGGACCUCCCAGCAGAUCCUAUUUCAGGCCAGAAGGCAUCCUUGAUCCCCGAGGAGCCCCAGGAACAGGUGCAGUACUGCAGGGAGGUCACUAUCCAGGCAUGUAUGCAGAUCAGGAGAGAAGAAGACUGUAUCGCUCAUUGUCUGAAGGGCCCCAACAUUAUCCAAACCAGACACAAAGCCCACCAAAGAGAGGCAGUUUAAGAGAAAAUCGGCAAUACAUGUGUCAGCCAAUUUCUCAUGAACCUAUUUUGCCUCCAAUGUGCCCGUGUUCUCAUUGUCAAAGUUCAGCAUGCUAUCCUGUGCCUAACAUGUGGUCUAUGGAAGGAGGCAAGAUGCCAACAAUGCAAGCUUUUCAUCGAGGAGAAUUCCAAUUACAUCUCCCUCCGUCUUAUGGACAAAAUGUACAAGCCAACCAUGAUAUUCCACCUCCUUUUCAGGUUCCCCCUGCUAAGAUGCAGUACGGCUUUACAGUUCCACAUGGAGAAGACUCACUACACUUUAGUCAUUUUGCUGAUAUGGGAUAUGGACAUGCCUACCCACAUUUCCUGCAUCCCUCCUAUCUCCCAGCUCACUGUCCACCUAAUGGUUAUGGCGGCCAUCCUUUUCCUGGUUGUAUGUCCUCCUGUAAUCAAACAGGUGGACAAUCUCCUCCAAGCUCUGUAUCUCCUAUUGUUCCAUCCAGUUGUACUCCUCGGAGAAUGAGUGGGGAUACCAUGUCUGCUGGGAGCCCCGGUGAAUUAACACCUCCACAGCAACAGCCAGAUGCUACUGACCAUGGUGUGCAAAGAGACCCCCCAUCAUUACAGAAUCCAAGAGGGGCAGCCCCUGCAGUCAGCAGUUCUUCUUCAGCAUACACUAACCAAGCCGUUCAUGUACAGAGUCCGCUUCACACCAGCUCCCCAACAAGCAUCCAAAGUUCAGUAACCAACACCAAUUCCAAUUCACACAGUCCACUGCAGGGAUGCAACACAGUGACAGCCGAUCCCUUUUUGUGUCCUCAGAGUCCUUUACAUGCCAGUACCCCCAUAAACACAUAUAGUCAGCCACAUACUGUCAGCCAACAUAAUCUUACCCACACACAAAAUACAGCUGUGCAAACCCAAACCCAUAUUCCACCAACAUACAGACCAUUGAUACAAGCUGACCAUGGAACACAGCCCAAAAACCCAUCAGCGCAGCAGAGCACUAUUCAAAGGCAGAACUCAGUUGCGCAAAAACAGAGCCCUCCACGUGCACAUGUGCAUUUUCACAGUCAAGUCAGUGUAAGUCCAGUGCACUCCGAAAAUUCAACAAAUGGCUAUGGGCCAAAAAGCAGUCCUGUGAAGUCCCACAGUCUUGACCAAGCACCCAACACAUUGGUGCAGUUGCCUGAUAACAGGGCGCAGCAGGAAGAAACUGCACAGCCCCAUAAAAUAGUACACACACAGAGCUUCAAUGCACCUGCACACCCACAAAGUGAUGUUACCGCACCCAGUAAUGGGCAGACACAGGGGUCAGGUCCUCAUUCUCCUUUACCCUCUCAAAGUAUCGUAAACCAAGUCCAGUCUGCCAUGCACAUGCAGGUCUCACAGUCCCAUUCUUCUGGUCAUGCACACAGCUCUGUGGGUCCGGCAGCUAAUGUAGUACGCACACAAGGGGCAUUUGCACAGGCAAAUAAGCCCAAGCAGACUUUAUUUUAUCAGCAAGGUCCUGUCUGUACAAGUACUCCAUGUAUUCCUACAAACGGCACUGUGCAAACUCAACAUGGACAUUCAGACAACACAGUGCAAGCCCCCAGCACAGUGCACACUCAGAUGCCUGCUCUAACGCCACAUAGUCCUAUUCACAAGCAGCCACAGACCACAGUGCGCACACAGAGCAUCUCCCUACAGACAUUCAAAAAUCCUUGUAAUAAUCAAAGUCAGCCGGCGCCAAACAGCCAAGUGGUGCAAACAUUGAAUCCGUCUACCCCUCCAUCCAGCCCCAGCAGCACAGACAGGGUAGGAGUCAUGGAUUCUAAUGUAAAUCCUAAUUCCAAAACUCCUGAAGGAAAUAUUUUGCACACGGCCUCUCCAUCACGGGUAUCAAAGGUUGCCCCUCAAAUGCCUGUAAGCCCUACCACAAGGACAAUUGAAGAAACAAAAGGACAAUCAUCUUUUAAUCAUGCGCCAGUCCAUACUGAAACAAGUCCACAAGCUGCCCACGACAGUGUACCCUCUGAAGCUACCUACCCUCCACGGCCAUACCCUGUUACACCACAAAAAAGGAGUGGUACUAUGUCCCUGCCUGAGACUCUUGUAUUCUGCCAUGGAGCGGAAGUCACUAGUCCUCCACUGUCACCAAUGGGAAGUCAAUGUGAGCUUCUGUCUCCUUCUCCCACACCAUUAUUUCCCAUAAGUACUGCCUAUUAUUCAGGCAGCCCAUGUCCGCCAAAUGUUCAGCCACCCACUUUGCCUGAAAAGUGCCAUACUCCGGCAGCAGUGGACAAGUCGGGAACCCUUGGAAGAUCAAGUGAGCAGCAAGCAGAUAAAUCCCCUCCAUCCAUCAAAGAUAUACAACUGGACAUUCCUCCAGCUACCAACUUUGUGCAGGAUUCUUCAAGAUUUUGGUAUAAGCCAAACAUCUCCAGGGAGCAAGCCAUUGCCCUUUUAAGAGGGGCAGAGCCUGGCUCCUUCCUUAUUCGGGACAGUAACUCUUUUCGAGGUGCAUAUGGUUUGGCUCUGAAAGUUUCCAGCCCACCUCCAAAUGCAAUGACGCAACCAUGUAGAGAUCCUUCUGAGCAGUUGGUCCGUCACUUUCUCAUAGAGAAAGGGCCCAGAGGUGUAAAAAUUAAAGGUUCUCCUAUUGAACCCUACUUCGGAAGCCUGUCAGCCCUGGUGUCUCAGCACUCAGUCACUCCUCUGUCUCUGCCCUGUAGGCUUCGCGUCCCUGACAAAGAUCUGACAGAGCAGAGUUCAGAUGUUGUCGUACCCACAAAUAUGAGCACAGCGGCUGACUUACUACGCCAAGGAGCAGCUUGCAGUGUCCUCUACCUUGGCUCUGUGGAUACAGAAUCUCUGACAGGCCCCCAGGCUAUUUCUCGGGCAUCCAGUGCCAUCUUAACCCCCCCGAGGUCAACUGCAACUACUGUGCAUUUCAAGGUGUCAGACCAAGGGGUCACACUGACUGACAGCCAGCGCAAACUGUUCUUCAGACGGCAUUAUCCUGUUUCCAGUGUAACAUACUGUAGCGCUGACCCACAGGAUCGCAGAUGGACCAAUCCAGACAAGACAACAUCAAAGGUGUUUGGCUUUGUGGCCCGGAAAGCAGGAACCACAGCAGAGAAUGUCUGCCAUCUCUUUGCAGAGCUAGACCCUGAACAGCCAGCGUCAGCCAUUGUCAACUUCAUCACCAAAGUCAUGCUUGGCACACAUCGGAGAUAAAAGGAGCAAACCAGAGACUAACUGGAAAGAAAUGGUUAAAGAAAGUCGGCUGGUGGCUUCCAAAAGAUGUAAGAACCAAGCUGUGAAGAGUAUGUGGCAGUCAGCGAUCAGAUGGUCUAUACCCCAAAGAAAGUGAAGGACAGACAAGAUUUUUGCCUACAAUACACUACAAUGGAAAAUGGAUAAGGUUUUGGUAAAGAAAUAUGUAUGGAUAAGAACACGCUAUGUGUGUAUUUCUACUGUAAUAUUAAGGAGAAAAGUGAAUACCGCUUGGUACCCAUUUUUGUCUAUUGGUGACAUAUGCAGCUAUAUGACAUACUGCUCCACUACCAUAUCCAAUGCUUCUUUACAAUGCUACCAGGCACAUUUUUCUAUCUAGUCAUCUCAAGACAAGUACUUGUGGUUUGAGCCGGUCACUGUCUAACUGGUCCACAUUAACCUGCAGUCCUUUUAUAAUAGAUAUGGGAAGAGAACCCAAAGCAGUGAGAAAAACAAUUGAUCACAAUGGCAGUAUAGACGGUAGAGGACUGAUCAGCAAUGGGCAGCCUGAUCGACCCACACGAUACACGUUUCUCACAGAGAAGGUUCUGGCCUCGUUACCACAACCUGUUUAGGAACAGAUCCCAUCACAGGAAAAUUGGACUAUAUAUUUUGGAAAGGUUUUCCAGGUUUCCCUUAGUUGGGUACACUCCUAUAUUUGGCUGGAAAAGUGUUUUUAUGCAGAGCAAUAAUGCAGCCACAUGCACAUCCGUAGGGUUGUCCUCACUGGACAAUGUAUCUAUACUUCAUUCAACAGCUAUUAAACUGAAUUGUUCUCUUACAGAAAUCUGUUCUAUCAUGCUUCUGGACAGUUCUUAUUGAUGUAGGAUCAGUAUUAGCUAUGAUUCUCCUUCAUAACUGCUUGUCACAUAUUCACAAGAAACGGCAAGUUAUUUACACCAUAUUACUCUGCGUUCUGUAUAAGAACAUGUGAAAUAUAGGUAUGGGAUUAACCCAAGGGAACAUGGUGCAAGAUUUACCGGUAAAUCUUGCACCAUGUACCAAAAUCCUGUCAAUGUCUGGCAUGUAUCCAACUAAGGCUAGUUUCACACUGUGUUCAGUAGUGUACGUCAGCACUGGGGUACGAUAUGUCCCAUUCCAUACAAUAAACAGAUCCAUAGACACCCAUAUGCAGCAGGGUCUGCUGGAUGAAAGAGUGCAGAUCUUGAUACCAUUCCAUUGAGCUGUAUGCAGUAUAAAAUUAAACAGAUGUGCUAUUACUAUGGUACCCUAUGUACUAAGUAGGAUCCAUUAGAGAUGAUCGAACUUCCAGUAAUUCAAUUCGUCACAAACGUCUCGGCUUGGCAGUUGAUGACUUUAUCCUGCAUAGAUUAGUUCAGCUUUCAGGUGCUCCGGUGGGCUGGAAAACGUGGAUACAGUCCUAGGAGAGCGUCUCCAGCCCACCGGAGCACCUGAAAUCUGAACUCAUUCAUGCAGGAUAAAGUCAGCAACUGCCGAGCAGUUCGUGACGAAUCGAAUUACUGGAAGUUCGCUCAUCUCUAGGAUCCAUCAUAAGCAUACAUUGGACAGACAUGUGGACAACUUUCCCCAGCAUUUAUGAUUACGGACACUACUUAAGGGCCCUUUAUAAUGUCACCUUAUUUAGCCUGAUUAGAACCUUACAGCUGAAAAGGAUACCAUCUAGGUUCCAUGUUGUGUCUUCUAGACUCUUCACAAUAUAUUUCCAGAAGUUUACUUGCAGCCAUCUUCACAAUCAUCCGUUUGCAUUUAAAUCCCACAUUGUAUUUUGCACUAACCACCUCCGUGCUCCCAUAGUGCCUGUGUUUAGGGCUCUAAACAUCAAAUUGCUCAAGUGUUCCAUUACUGAUGUGUGAAUUCUGUAAUCCUAGAGAACUCCCUAAAUGUAAUGGCUUCCUAGGGCCACAUUGAUUUUCAUAACAUAAGUUUACAUUCUACGAUAUUGGGGGUAGUCUGAAUAAACAUAUACUCCAUCAUCCCUUCAAUUCUGGAUUCUAUUAUCUAUAAUUCCAGUGAUAUUAAGUAGAGAUGAGUGAACUUACAGUAAUUCGAUUCGUCACGAAC